AUGGGUGAUGCGGGGAAUCCAGAUUCUGAAGGAAGGUCGGUGUAUGGAUUGUCCAAGUUGGAAUGGGGCGAAUACAGAAAUGUACGAGAUAGAAUUCCCAAGUAUUGGUACUUAGGACCACUAAAGUCCAAAUUUGCAUAUGUUUUUGCAACUGUUCAGGAAUGGCCACCUGUAUUUAAAGCUCAUCUUGCAUAUCGUCCACCUGUAGAUGUUCCUGAAGAACCAGAGGUUAAUCAACAGCAGUAUAGUUUCUUUAGUCGCUUGUUCUCUUGGAUUUGGAGAACAGAGCAAAAAGAACCAGAAAUUGAAGAAGUUGAGGAGAUUCCUUGGAAAGAGGUUGAUGUAUCAACGCUUGAGUUUUCUGCUGAAACACAUAAUGAUAAUGUAGAAAAUGCUUUAAAGACUACUAGAAGCAUGAGUAUAGAGACCCUGCCAACUGACAUCACAAAAACAGGCUUCAUCAAAGAAGGUUGGAGAAGAGUAUCUAAGGCAAAAGACAAUAAAUCUGAGAUCCAAAGUGAAACAUUGCAAGUUGGUGAGUUUAAGUUGACACCAGUGGAGCCAGAGGCCAGCUUCUUCAGCAUUGAUAAUGAACAGUUUGAUGCAUACCCGGUACAUGUUAAAAUUCUUCCAAAUAAAUUGAGGUUUUUCAUCAAUGAGGAAACAAAUCAGACAAGGUGACCAUGGAAAAAUGCAGAUAGUAAACA